AUGGGAAAACUAAAGCAGAAAGGAAAGGCUGGUGCAGCGACUAAUUAUAUUACAAGAAAUAAAGCCUUGAACAAACUUCAAUUGACACUAGCGGAUUUUCGGCAAGUGCGUUUAUGUAUUCUCAAGGGAAUUUAUCCUCGGGAACCCAAAAAUAAGAAAAAAGCCAACAAAGGUUCAACCGCACCCGCAACUUUUUACUACACGAAAGAUAUCCAAUAUCUUGCACACGAACCUAUCCUAAAAAAAUUUCGAGAACACAAAACAUUUUUAAAAAAAUUAACUAAAGCUUUAGGAAAACGUCAGUUGAGCAUUGCAAAAAAUUUAGAAAAAAAUAAACCUUUUUAUACUUUAGAUUAUAUCAUUAAAGAAAGAUAUCCUACGUUCAUUGACGCUCUGAGAGAUCUUGAUGAUGCAUUAUGUCUGAUAUUUUUAUUCUCUACAUUUCCAUCAACUGAAAAGAUAACUUCCGAGAUUGUUACAAAUUGUCAACGAUUAUCUUUAGAAUUUCAACAUUAUGUUAUUCGUACGCGUAGCUUGCGUAAAGUUUUCUUAUCUAUAAAGGGUAUUUAUUAUCAAGCGGAAAUUAAGGGUCAACAAAUAAAUUGGUUGGUUCCUUAUCAAUUUAGUCAUUCGGUUCCAGAUGAUGUUGAUUUUCGUGUGAUGACCACUUUUUUGGAGUUUUAUCAAACUCUCGUUGGAUUUGUAAACUUCAAAUUAUUUACGGAUGUCAAUUUAACUUAUCCACCAAAGUUAGACACAUUAAAAUAUGAAGGAGCAGCUGGAUUAAAUUCUCUCGUGGAUAAAAUGCAAGUCGAACCAAUUAAUCACGAAGAAGAAAAAGCCCAGAAAUUGGAAUCAGAAAAACGUUUAGAAACAUUACCCGAAAAACUUGCUAAAAUAAAGGAUAAAGAAAUUACAGAGACGGAAGAUCAAUCGUAUAAUUCUACAAUUGAUACAAUUGAUGUAAAUGAAAGCAUAAUAGAUGAUUUCACAGAACAAACUUCCAAUCAGAAUACAUUACAGGAACAAGAAGUUUCAUCACAAACACAAACAUAUACUUAUCGGGACAUUCAAUUAAUGUCAGAUGCUAUAUCCAAAUUUGAGAAACUUUUUUCUAAAUGCAUAUUCUAUUUAUCCCGAGAGGUUCCCAAGUAUUCAUUGGAAUUUGUUAUUCGAUCAUUUGGCGGGUUGGUCGGUUGGGACGAUACGGUUGAGAUAGGAUCUCCUUUCAAAGAGGAUGAUGAACGGAUCACUCAUCACAUCAUAGAUCGUCCAAUUACUAAAGAAUUAAUACCUACACGUGUUUACAUUCAACCGCAAUGGGUUUAUGACUGCAUUAACGCAAAGAACUUAUUAAAUACAAAACCCUAUCAACCCGGUAAAGCUUUGCCUCCUCAUCUAUCACCAUUUGUAGAAUAUGAGGAUGGUGAUUAUAUACCCGUAAAUGAUGCUGAAUUAGAAAGAAAUGAAGGAAAUGAAGAAAAUGAAGAAAAUGUAGAGCAAAAAAUUAAAAUUGAUAUAAAAAACGAAAACACGAGUGAGGGUGAGAAAGUCUUUGAUGAAGAUGAGGACACUAGUGAUGUUAAUGAUAUAAAUAAUGAGACUGAUGAAGAAGAAUUGAUUCAUCAGAAAGAACUUGAAGCUGAAGCUCGUGGUAUUUCAUUUUCUGAAUAUCAAAGAAUGACUCAAGAAAAGAAAAAGGCUCUUGUAUUCGUGGCAAAUGGCACGGAAGAAAUGGAGGCAGUGAUUUCAAUCGAUGUUUUGCGACGUGGUGAAAUUGAGGUAUGCGUCGCUGGAGUUUCACUAGGAGAUAAGCAAUAUGCAACAUGCAAUCGAGGGGUAAAAAUUGUGCCUGAUAUUCAACCCUCGGAUUUUUCAAAAUUUGAUGCCUUAUCAUACGAUGUUAUUGUUAUCCCUGGUGGUAUGGAAGGAGCAAAAACUCUUUCAUCACAUUCAGAUAUUCAACGUUUAUUGUCUCUUGCUCAUAAAUCUGGAAAAUUUGUUGCUGCAAUAUGUGCUGAUUAUAAUUAUCAAGAGGAUCGCGUUGUAGUUGACAAUAAAGUUAUUACAAGCCGUGGUCCUGGAACCUCGUUCUUUUUUGCCUUGAAAAUUGUUGAGGAAUUAAUGGGUAAAGAAAUGCGUGAUAAGAUUUCACCCGCGUUGAUGCUUCCACCAUAA